CACAUCAGACCAGUCCAAGCAUGGAUGGAACGGCCUGGUUGUCGUUCCCUCUGAGCGCCAGCUCCGUGCUGGUCUCUGUGCUGCUCCUCCUCGCCGCCUAUGUGGCCUGCCGGUCGGCCUCCAGUCGGCCGGAUCCCCGGCGUGCAUCGGAGCCUCCGGGGCCCAGGCCGCUACCCUUGCUCGGGAAUCUGCUGCACCUGAACUUGCGCGCACCGCAUCGGACCCUCUUGGAGAUGUCCAAGAAGUACGGCCCGGUGUUCACCUUCCACAUGGGGCCCAAGAAGGUGGUGGUCCUAGCCGGAUACCAGACGGUGAAAGAGGCCCUGGUGGAGCACGCCGAAGAAUUUGGUGAGCGGGAACCUCUUAACACUUUUAAGGAGGACAAGCAGGAGCACGGAGUCCUGGUGACCAACGGCGACACGUGGAAGGAGAUGCGUCGCUUCGCUCUGAGCAACUUAAGAGAUUUCGGGAUGGGGAAGAAAGCUUGUGAGGACAAGAUCGUCGAAGAGUGUCAGCACCUCUUGGAAGUCUUCAGGAAUUUCAAAGAUGAAGCAUUUGAUAACCAUGGGCCCAUCAACUACGCGGUGUCCAACAUCAUUUGCUCGCUGGUGUUCGGCAGCAGGUUCCGGUACGACGACCCCGCCUUCGUGAGCAUGGUGCGGCGCGCAGGAAGAAGCGUUGAAAUACUGGGCAGUCCAUCCUUGCAGUUGUACAACAUGUACCCAUGGUUGGGCAAGUGGGUCUCCUCGGCGAGAGAGGAGCUUCGCCAAUUGGCGACGGCCAACAGGAAGCAGGCCGCCGAACUGAUCCGGGGUCUGAAGGACACGCUAGACCCGCGGAGCAGCCGGGGCUUGGUGGACGCCUUUCUCAUCCGCCAGCGAGAGUUGGAGUCCACCCCCACCUCCUUGCUCGCCUCUGUGCUGCUCCUCCUCGCCGCCUAUGUGGCCUGGCGGUCGGCCUUCAGUCAGCCGGAUCACCUGCGUGCAUCGGAGCCUCCGGGGCCCAGGCCGCUACCCUUGCUCGGGAAUCUGCUGCACCUGAACUUGCGCGCACCGCAUCGGACCCUCUUGGAGAUGUCCAAGAAGUAUGGCCCGGUCUUCACCUUCCACUUGGGGCCCAAGAAGGUGGUGGUCCUGGCCGGAUACCAGACAGUGAAAGAAGCCCUGGUGGAGCACGCCGAAGAAUUUGGUGAGCGGGAACCUCUUAACACCUUUAAGGAGGACAAGAUGGACCACGGAGUCGUGAUGACCAACGGCGACACGUGGAAGGAGAUGCGUCGCUUCGCUCUGAGCAACUUAAAAGACUUCGGGAUGGGGAGGAAAGCUUGUGAGGACAAAAUCGUCGAAGAGUGUCAGCACCUCUUGGAAGUCUUCAGGAAUUUCAAAGAUGAAGCAUUUGAUAACCAAGAGCCCAUCAACUACGCGGUGUCCAACAUCAUAUGCUCGCUGGUGUUCGGCAGCAGGUUCCAGUACGAUGACCCCGCCUUCGUGAGCAUGGUGCAGCGCGCCGGAAGAAGCUUUCAAAUACUGGGCGGUCCAUCCUUGCAGUUGUACAACAUGUACCCGUGGUUGGGCAAGUGGCUCUCCUCGGCGAGAGAGGAGCUUCGCCAACUGGCGACGGCCAACAGGAAGCAGGCCGCCGAACUGAUCCGGGGUCUGAAGGACACGCUGGACCCGCGGAGCAGCCGGGGCUUGGUGGACGCCUUUCUCAUCCGCCAGCGACAGUUGGAGGACUCUGGCGACGUGGGUCACUUCCACGAUCCCAACCUGCUGAUGACCGUCUUAAACCUGUUUGCCGCCGGCACGGAAACGACCUCCACCACGCUCAGAUGGGCGCUCCUUUUCAUGGCCAAGUACCCCCACAUUCAAGAGAAGGUCCAGGAGGAGCUGAAAUGCGUCAUCGGAGAUCGCCAGGUCCAGGUGGAGGAUCGCAAGAACUUGCCGUUGACCAAUGCCGUCAUCCACGAGACGCAGCGACUGGCCGACAUCGCGCCUAUGGCGCUGCCUCACCGGACCAGCCGGGACGUCACCUUCCGGGGCUUCUUCAUCCAAAAGUGGACGACGGUGCACCCCCUCCUGACGUCCGUCCAUCAGGAUGAGAGCCAAUGGGAGAAGCCUGCCUCCUUCCAUCCUCAGCAUUUCCUGGACCAAGACGGAAAGUUCUUCAAGCCCGACGCUUUCAUGCCCUUUUCUGUGGGUCGCAGGGCGUGUCUGGGCGAGAGUUUGGCGCGCAUGGAGCUCUUCAUCUUCUUCGUCACACUCCUGCAGCACUUCCGCUUCCGGCCCCCGGCGGGGGUCCCGGAAGACCGGCUGGACCUAACGCCCCGCGUGGGCCUUUCGCUCGGUCCCACCCCGCACCGACUUCGCGCCAUUUACCGGCUGACCGGCUGACGUUGCGUCACCUCCAUCUUGUGCGUAAAAAAAAAAAAAAAAAAAUCGAAGACGAUGAAACGCAUUUUGAAAGUGUUUUCAUCAUGUUUCAAUUCCGUUGACAGUGAUAGAUAUAUGUCCACACCUCCUGAUCAAAUGCAUGCUAUACUGUUGUUGUAUUUUAAGUGACCCAAAACCAACAAGUGAUCUAAAGUUAACAGGAAGUGACCUUCAAAAUUAUAAAGAAGUGUUCCAGAAGUGACCCGGAAUGCCUGCUCAGAUGGCAGUGUAUGAAUUGUAUUUAACGACCAAUUAGAACUAUUGUGAUCUUAAAAACAAUAUUAAAGUGUCAACUCAAAACCUUUAGCAAGGCAGCGAAAGAUCAACCGUGUUAGCUUAAAUGAAGAUGGAGUGUGUGUGUUGGGGGGGUGGUACAAGACUUUCAAAUAUUGGCGCGGGAAGUGGGUUGCUGAGGCAUGGACUUCAUAAUACUUGACAGGACACGGGAUACGGGGCCGAUCCGUAGGGGGCCUAUUUUCAAAAACUUAAAUUCAAAACUAAAGCUGUUAUUGACCUAAAACUAUAACAGGCACCUACCUUAGCCAUAUAUGAGUCUCCAUGAGCAGCGGCAUCCAAAAAUUCAAAGUCGUUCCCCAAUAAAAUCCAGAUAAUUUUUUAAUAUAAGUAUAACAAAACUUAAAAAUGGCUAUAAAAUUCUUAGAUUUGACACUAGAUGCACAAAAAUCACCAAAUGCAGAGAUAAUCACCAAUAUUUUCAGGAUCAAUAGCAAAAUUAAACAUAUCGUACAAGUUUUUGCCCAAAAUAGCAACUUAAUUUUU